AAAGUAUAUUACUUCUCUUCAUUUUGAUUGGAGUAAUAUUGUGUGGAAGGCGAGUUGAUCAUGAGUGGUGUAAUAACAUGGGUCAUCAUUUAAACCCAGAAAUAAAGAUAAAAGGUGCAUUUUUGUUAUCCAUAAAAGGUUAAACAAAGGCAAUUUUGGACAACAUCAUCUAAUUUUUUUCUCGAGAAGGUAGCCUGGAUAGUCCCUCUUUAACACAUGACUUGGCUGUAUGGGCUUUGACCAAGUUCUACAGAAUACAGUACGGACUGACAAAAAAAAAUGUUAUGGGAGAAUUCAUAAUUCAAAAGAGUAUUUAUAUUACGUUUUUUAUUUAUUUAUAGAACAUUUUGUGUAUUUAACUGUUUCUCAAUAUCUAUCCACUGUCCACGUGAUAUUCUUGUUUAAAUUAUUUAAUUAGUCUAGUUAAGGGGACCAUGUUUAUCGUGGGUCUGACUGGUGGACUAGCGACUGGCAAAAGUACUGUGUUGUCGAUAUUUCGCGACAACGGCGUUGCUGUAAUAGAUGCUGAUGAAGUGGCGCGAAAAAUUUUAGAACCUGGUACAAAAGCUUGGAAAGAAGUGAGAGAAUAUUUUGGCGAGGAAGUUUUACUGCCUGAUGGCAAAAUAAACAGAAUAAGUCUUGGUGAGAUAGUGUUUGAUGACAUUGAGAAGAGACGUAGACUCAACUCCAUCACUCACCCUAGAAUACAAAGUGCUAUGAUGAAGAUGGCAAUGUCUUAUUUCUUUUCUGGACAUAGAUACAUAGUCAUGGAGGUACCACUUCUCUUUGAAACAGGAAAAAUGUUAACAUUUAUGCAUAAAAUCAUCACUGUUGUUUGUGAAGAUCAUCAGCAAUUGGAAAGGCUAUGUAAAAGGAGUGAAUUCACAGAAGUGGUAGCGAAGAAGCGAAUAAAUUGCCAGAUGCCCCUCAAACACAAAGUAGCUAACUCACAUUUUGUGAUAGACAACUCAGGAGACAUGGACAACACGAGACUUCAAACUGAGAGCAUCAUCAGGCUGCUCAAAAGAUCUAAGUUUACUUGGUACUUCCGGGCAAUAUUUUUGAUCGCAUUUUUAUCAGUUGUUUUUGGAAUUGCCCAUGUGGCAAGUAACUAUUUAUAUAGUAUUAAAUAAAACUUUGAAUGUAAUAUUAUAGUAUCUUUGAGCAUAAUAUUAAUUUGCUGAUGUAACUUUGAAUUCCAUAAUAUAAUAAUUAGUAAGAUAAAAUAUGGCAUUUGUGGGGUAAUUUGUAUUUUUGAGUGGGAUUUGGGUAGUAUAAUAGUAUGGUUGUAUAACAAAAAAGCUGGUAGCAGGUAGCUGGCGGCACUGCCUCUUUUACAAUGUACCAGUUUAUAAACAUAGAAAUAUUAAGUCAUAAGCAAUUAUGUAAUGUUAUGUGUAUUUAAUAGAAAAGCAGUCAUCCGUAACUAGAGACAAAUAAUAAUUUGUUAUAUUAAUAAAUGAAACACACUCAUGUUUUGUAAGUGACAGUAGGUACAUUGUUUACCAAGGGAAUGUGAUUGUCAAAGUGAUCAAUUGACAAUGAGGGUGUAGGAAUCGUACUUUAUCGCAAGUGAUACAAAGUGCGUUAUACUACACCUAAAAAGAAAAUAGCUAACAUUUUUGUAUAAGGCACCUAUUUUUUUUAAUUAUGGCAAUGGGUUGUUUAGUCUUAACUAUAACAGUCAGUGUUGAAGUGAUCCCAAUAAUAUUCAUAUUGAGAAUUCUUCGGCGAGUCGCGCGCGAUUUUCAUUUUUGUUCUUUCUUUUAACUAUCUACAUAGGUACAGCCACGCCACGCUUAAAGAAGUUGGAUAUAAUAACAUUUUGCCUUUUGGCAAGUUUCUACUGAUAAGUAGUGUAUAAAAAGGAUAAAAGCGCGCGCGCAUUUAACGGGGAGAAAAAGUUUUCAUACACUUUAAAAAAAAAACAAAGGCACUUUCCUAUUAGGUGUAGUAUAAAGACUAUUAGAAUAGUUAACAAUGGGAACUGAAAUAUGCUGUACGUUGCUUAAUGGUUGUAAUUCACUUUUUAGUUAAUGUUCAAUGUUAAGCUCGCUGCAUACAGAGACGGCCUGAGUUCGAGUUUUUGUGCAUGCGUUCACAGUGAUAUCUGCCGCGGCACAGCUCUCAUACAAAAUCCCGCUCUCCGGCCCGUUCAACUCGCGGCCCGCCUUUGCGUGCAUUGGGCUUUAUUAUUCUUUUUGAUCUGCUGUUCUAUUAGGUUGACAAAGAAAUAAUAUUUCAAUUUCUCUUGCAUAAGUCGCUUUCGGAGCUUUGUUUUAUCUGAUUUUCUGUUCAAUCAAAGUUAUCGAUAAGAUUUACAUUAACAACUGUGUUCUACCAAUAAUAAAGCAAUACAUUGUGAUAUUUUAAUAAAAUUAAUGAAAUUAAA